AUGGGCUGCUGUAGAGGCGAUAAACCUAAAUGGAAGCGAGAAAUCGUUCCUGAUCAUAAAUUUGAAAAUGUUGAUCUCGAUGCAUUUUACAAUCCAUCUUGCUGUUCUCGCUUUGGAUACAUGUUUGUUUUUAUCCUAAGUCUCAAAUCCUUUGCAGUCUACGUAGCAGAUUUAUGGACAGCUGUAUCACUUUUGGUUAUUGGACAAACGACAGUGACACCUGCUAUUCCAACCGAAUACUCCAAAUGGAUCUUUUUUGCUUGUAUCAUGGUCUCUUUUCUCUUGCUGCUAUGGGACAUGCUCAAAGCUCGUCGUAUACUCAAGACACAUGACAUUUCAUUCGCUUUCACGUCAGUCAUUGCCAAUCGCUACCUGUCCAUGAAAGAUUACCGUUAUUACUGCUUGUUUCAAUCCAUCAAUUCCAACAGCAAAGGGAUCGACAACUAUGCCUUCUUUAUCUUUUUUCAACUCAAGGGCUGGAAGCGACUCUUGUUGGCGGAAGCACCUCGUCAAGUCAUUAACGUAGUGACAUUGGAAGCACUGGCACCUGAAUGGCUCAAAAUUCACAACGGAUCUGUCAGCUUUGACAACGAGGUGUUGGGUGAAAAUUUGCUGCAACAAAUCUUGACAGGCACCAUGGCAUUUUCGGUACUGGUCUUUGCCAUUUCAUUCAUCCUGGUUUGUGUUGCUGCAGUGUUGUAUAUUCCUCUGUUUUGUCACAUUCGUGGAAAUCUGAAAGAGUACUGCUGUCAUAAAGUAGAUAAACGCAUCAGUGAAAUUCUGCGCAAACAAGGCCGCCGUCCAGCAACAAGUGCAACAGGUAACAGUCGUGCAGUGGCACCAGAGAGCGAGUCUUUCAUUGAUGAAAGCGAAUUCUACAAACGACCCUUGGCUGCUACAACUCCAUCAUUGCCAUCAUUUGCCUCACCAUCCGCUUAUGAGUACGAAAAGGCAUCUUAUUUUCAGUCUCCCAUGAUGGCUUCACCUGGUUUACAACAUCAAACAAGUACGCCUCUCAGUGAACAACGUCUGUUGAACAAUAAUGAUGAUGGAUAUUUCGAUGAAUAUCAGAGUAGUACGGACGGAUCGGGUGUAACUAUCAAUCAGCAAUAUCAUCCUCGACCCGUGGCACAUCAACUGCCGUAUCAAAAUCGCUCUUAUGGCUACUAUGCACCGUUAAAUGAUGCCAGUUCGCAACGCACACACACAGCCAACAAUAGCCCUGUGCCAUCAUCCACAUGUUUAAAUGGGCAGCGUUAUCAAAAGAGAAACUAUCCUCAUGGCUAUUAA